GUUGCAAGGGAUACACCGUGCAGCUUCCCCCAUCUCAGGCCCUGGGAUCGGCUCCUGGAACUCUCAGCUUAUUCACUAAAUUCCAUCCCAGGUAGCGAUAUGUGAAUUGUGUCCUUUUUUUCUCUGCCGCUGUGUGUCUGGUGCCUGGGCUCCUCACUCUCUGUCAUUUCCCAGUGUGUCUGGCUCUCUGCAGGUGUCUCAAGACUAAACUGUCAUGGACAGUCACAGUUACCAGUACUCAAGGGAAUUCUAUGAUCGGUAUGCACAAAGCCAAGAAAAAUCUGUGGUGAACAAGAUGCAGCAGAAAUAUUGGAAAACCAAGCAAACGUUCAUCAAGGUUACCGGGAAGAAAGAAGAUGAACAUGUUGUAGCAUCUGAUUCAGAUCUGGAUGCUAAACUAGAGCUUUUUCAUUCAAUUCAGAGAACAUGCUUGGAGUUAUUGAAAGUGAUUGAACAGUACCAAAAAAGGAUCUGCUUUCUAUCACAGGAAGAAAAUGAGCUUGGCAAAUUCCUCCGUUCGCAAGGAUCUCAAGAUAAAUCCAGGGCUGGUAAAAUUAUGCAGGCUACAGGGAAGGCUCUCUGUUUUUCAUCUCAACAAAGAUUGGCUUUAAGAAGUCCUUUAUCUAGACUACAUCAAGAGGUGGAGACCUUUCGAUAUAGGGCUAUAUCUGACACUCUAUUGACUGUGAAUCGAAUGGAGCAGGCAAGAACUGAAUAUCGAGGCGUUUUACUCUGGAUGAAAGAUGUCUCUCAGGAAUUGGACCCUGAUCUUUUUAAGCAAAUGGAAAAAUUUAGAAAGGUUCAGGCUCAAGUGCGUCAUACCAAAUCAGCCUUCGACAGAUUGAAAACAGACGUGUGUGAAAAAGUAGAUCUCCUUCGAGCCAGUAGAUGCAAUCUUUUGUCUCAUGUCUUAACGACAUACCAGACAACAUUGCUACACUUCUGGGAAAAGACUUCUCACACAAUGGCAGCAAUUCAUGAAAGUUUCAAGGGUUACCAACCGUAUGAAUUCACAACAAUAAAGAGCCUGCAGUUUCCCAUGGACAUUGACAAUCCAGAAAAGAAAACAAAGAAAAAAACAAAAGUCAAAGAAGAUCUGGCAAAAAAUGAUGAUCAGUUAAUUUCAUUAGAUGAUGAGAUGCACAAUAUUGAAACUGGAAUGGCAGCAUCAGAGGCUGAACUGGAUAAAGGAAUCCUUCAGAGCCAUUCUUCAUUUGAAGGUGCAUUUGACGAUUUGCUAGAUUUGAAGCCUGAAGAGAAAUUUCUUUAUGAAGAAAGUGCAAGUUCUAAAGACCUUCUCAAUUCAGACUUUGGAGAUAAGGAUGACAUGCAACUUCUAAACGAGAUUCUAAGUUCUUCGUCUUUAGAAAGUGGAGAUCUUGGCAAAGAAUGGAUGGAUGUGUUUGGUGAACCUAUGUAUCCUGCCCAACCCUUGAACCCAAACCCUGGAGAAAUAGACAAAAAUGCUGAAUCCUCAUCUGGUUUCCUCCCUUCUCAGCUCCUAGACCAAGACCUGAAUGACCUCCAGUCUUCUUUUCAAGACUGGACUGCUGGUAAUGUGACCUCUCCAACACCUCAGCCCACACCUCCAUCAAGCAACCCAAGUACAAAUAUUAAUAAGCUACAGAUGAAAGAGAGCACCAAACCUGCUAAAGACCUGUCUGCUUGGUACAAUCUCUUUGCUGACCUGGAUCCGCUAUCUAAUCCAGAUGCUGUUGGGAAAACCGAUAAGGAACAUGAACUUCUGAAUGCCUAAAACUGUUCUCUGGCAAAGCAUUUUGAACUCUGCAACCACCUAACACUCAAAAGGCCAAUUUCAACAAGAAAGGAGUAUGCUGCAGGGAAUACAAAUAUAACCUUUUUACGGAAGUGCCACUACUGAUAUUUUUUUUUUUUCUUCUAUAAAUAAAAUGUUUGUUUUCUUGUUGUAUAAUAUGAAUGAUAAAUAAAAGAUUUCUAAACAGAUUUAAUGUAUUUGCCAAAACAUAUGCUUGAAUAACUAAUAAAGGGAGAGCAAGUCUAGGAGCAUAUUUUUAUAAAAUCAAUUGUUCAAUUUGAAAUGAUUUAUUGAGAAGGCCAAAAUCUGUGUUUUUAUUUUGGUUGUCUUAGUUUAUUUUUUGUUUUUAGUUUGCUUUUGUCUGGUUCAACCUACAGCCAACACAUUCCCAUUUUGGCCAUAUUAAUGUGAAAUUGAAGCUUUAAAGACCUUGGGCAAGAACGUAUUUUAUUUCCAUAUGUGAUCGCAAACUUGCUUGUCUGAAAAAUUUAAAAAAAAAAAACUAUAUCUGGCCAUUUUUAACAGUGUGAUUGGCCUAAUUUCUGCAGAAUGUAUUUUUUUCGAGAAGUAAAAUCUCUUUAAGCAAUGAGUUGUGAUGAGUGGACAAAUCAGUUGCGAAAUGUAGGUCCUAUUUUGGCCGAACAUUUAUGUAGCCAUUAUUAUUCAUUGUAAAUUUAAAGACCAAAAUGACUUUAUUUUUAGCUAAAAUCUUGCAACUAAUGAUACAAUUCACAAUGUAUCUGUACAACAUGCAUCAAAAAUGUAAUACCACAAACAAAGUCUUAUUUCGGUAAAUAUUUCGGCAUGCCUGCAAUGUCACUAAAGAAAUUCUGUAAUAAAGUUUGUUUUUCUCAGUUUA